AGGCUUUGCAGAUCGCAACAGCCGUGACGUAGUUCUCAAUGUCCUGAGCAUUCACUUCACGUUUCAGCGGCCUUUCUGUAUCCAACAGUAUACAUGGUUUCACUGACCACCGACUUGACAACUGUAACUGCCUGAUGAGUGCAAGAUCCACGAUGACGUUGGGCAAGUCUAGCCGCGGCAAGGGUCCCGCUAACUUAGCUUAGAAUUUUAGAUUCAAUGAGACCGCCCCUCCGUGUCUGCUGGAUGCGCAAGGAUGGCUACACGACCAAACAACUGUUCUCUUGGAGCGAAGGGCGAUUCCAGCGAGACCUCAACCUCCAUAUCGAACGGGUGAGCCCUUCGUUGUUAGCGUGGGCCUCUACAUUCUGCAAGAACCCUCGCCUUACAACUCCCUCCUCAUCUGGCUCACUUGUUGCCUAUGGAGCUUGGAAGUAUCGUUACAGAGUAACACUAGAGCUGCAAGCAUGCCGAAGAACGCGCACCCACCACGUGGCAAGCCGGCGAAGAAGGCUCCGCCGCCAGAGGACACGAGCUUCAUCGUUUUUGGUGAUGGCAAGCCAAAGAAGAAGAAGGGCGAGAGCUCAGACGCUCAGGGUGACGAUAAGACCAAGGGCAAGGGUCCUGCUGGACAGCCCGAGGAUGGACCCAGGAAGCCUAGUACCAGGACUUUGAUCGCAGGAGCAUCGUGGACGGGCAAGCUACCGACCACUCUGUUCUCGGAGUACCUCCAGAAGCAACAGUGGGGAAAGCCAGACUACAGGAUAAGAUGGCGACAAACAUUUCGCAUACGCCGUAGUACUGUCAAAGAAGAAC